UGCCGGCAGCGUUAACAGUGAGGUACCAAACUCUGUUUUCACACACAGCACAGAGAGGAGCCUGCACUGACGUGCCAACACACACACACACACACGCACAGGGAGAAAACAGAGGGUGGACCAAGACGCCAGUUGUAGCAUGUCCACUGACUGCAGUCAGACAUGUAGAAGGAGGAGCUGCUCUGCUUGCCGUACCAUCACCGUUUCACUCCUCUAAGCACCUCCCAUCCCCCCCGAAUGCUCUCUCCCUGGCUCUGCGGUUGCUGAUGGGCUGGCUGGAAUGACCCGGAUAGACAGCAGAGCUCUGAUCUGCCAUACAGAUGCAUGCCCAUAUAGGAGGGCACGGCUGUGUGGACCAAGGGUCUUCACCAAACACAGCUUAAGAGAAGGACCACCACAGAGACACGCAGGUGAACACAUCACAGUCCUGAAGCUUGUGUGUGUUCAUGGUAGUUUCCUGCAUAGAGGAAGAACCUCCUGUCUAAACGUCUGCUUUCAGAGAUUGUGAAUGAUUGCCAAACAGAGAGCAGCCCUUGCGAACAACCUUGUCCCAUGUUGCUCCCUCCUCUCAGGGGAUGGCCAAGGUCCAGGAUGGACACACGAAUGCAUGUGACAGCACUGCCAUGUUAGAGGAGAGCCAGGAUGGUAUGGACAGUGGUACCCUAAGUCCUGCCUCAGCUCGACAGGUCACCAUCCAGCGCCACCCAACUCAAGGCUUUGGCUUCAUCGCAGGCAGCCAGAGGCCUGUCAUCGUACGCUCCGUCUCUGCUGACGGCCCUUCCUUUGGCAAGCUUCUACCUGGAGACCAGAUCUUGACCAUUAACGAAGAGACGGUGAGCGACGUGCCCCGAGAGAGAGUCAUAGACCUUGUAAGACGCUGUAAAGACACUAUAGUUCUCACUGUGCUGCAGCCCCAUCAGUCACCCAAGUCUGCCUUCAUAAGUGCAGCCAAAAAGGCACGCCUGCGAACAAACCCGCCCAAAGUGCGCUUUUCUGAGCAAGUGUCCAUCAGCGACCCAGACUCAACAAUGCUUAAGGACGACUCUUUGCUACUCAUACCAAAUGUGCUGAAGGUGUUCUUGGAGAAUGGACAGAUUAAGUCUUUUACAUUUGACAGUCGCACCACUGUGAGGGAUGUGAUCUCGUCCCUGCAGGACCGCCUCUCACUGCGCUACAUUGAGCACUUUGCUUUGGUGCUGGAGGCAGGUGGUCUGGACCAGAAUCAGAAGUUGCAUCUGCUGCAGGAGAACCAGCCACUGACACAUGUGGUGCAUAGAACCUACUUCCAAGGGAUGAAGUGUUUGUUCCGCAUCUGCUUCUUCCCCAAAGACCCUGCAGACCUGUUGAGAAGGGACCCUGCUGCAUUUGAGUAUCUCUAUAUACAGAGUCGCAAUGACGUCAUCAAGGAACGCUUUAGCAUGGAUUGGAAAUCUGACAUCACGUUACGAUUGGCUGCGCUCCAUAUUUACAUCACUGUGUCCUCUGCAAGGCCAAAUCAGAAAAUCUCUCUCAAACAUGUUGAAAAGGAGUGGGGACUGGAGCCUUUCCUUCCACUCACACUGCUCCCAACGGUAAAGGAGAAGAAUGUGUGUAAAACGCUUUCUCAGCUGUUGAAGACCUACCAACAUCCACCUCCAUCAGGAAACAAGGUUCCUCCACUCCAAGGAAAGCUGCAGUACAUGAGGGUACUCAACGACCUUCCACCUUUUGGUGGAAUACUGUUUCACACCGUUGGACUGGAUGAAAAACAGUCUGCUACAACACUUCUGGUGGGCCCUCGACAUGGUAUCAGUCAUGUGAUUGAUCUGAAAAACAACCUUACAACAGUUCUGGCUGAGUUCAGUAGAGUUUCCAAAAUCCAGCUCUAUCGAGAGAGUCAGGGAGUGGCCCGUGUGGAGGUGACAAUUCAUGACGCCAAGCCCCUGGUCCUACUCAUGGAAUGGCCUGAUGCCAGUAACUUUGCGUGCCUAAUCUCUGGCUACUACAAGCUGUUUGUAGACCCUAAACGAACCAUCUACUUUCGUAACCCUGGUCAGUCUCAGUUGACCAAGGCAGAUUACAGAAGCUCUCACCAUCCCCACCCACGUUCUGGGGCAACUGGAUUGCAAAGUGGAGGGCGGAGAGGGGACGAGAGGGAAAGCUCGCACAGAGAAUCAGGCUGUUCACGAGCCCUAGUUCCUGCAGAGCCUCAACAUCUUGGCUUGUGUCACGUUCACCUUCGAGAACAACAUUUUCAUGAUGUGCAAACUCAUACUGAGAGUGAACUUGACAUCAACGACAACUUUAUUUCUCAGGAGCCCCCUGAGAGGCCCCGCACCAAGUCAGACCCAACACAGGAAAGUACGGAAGAAAUAGUUGGAGUUUUACAGAGCCCGGCAGAGGAAAAAGCAGAAUUUCGAGUCAGAGCUCAAACAAUGGGUCAAUCCCAGAAAACCACAAGGUACUUCUGUGACUCCUGCAAAGCCAGACUUAGGGCAGAGGGUUUGUCAACAACAAUGAACGGUAGUGGAAGCUCGGGCAAACAUUGUUCUAGUGCUUGUGCCUCCCGGAAUGGAGGUGCUGUUGACCUCAUGGCCCUCCCGCCCCCCGGAAAUGAAGAAGAAGAUGAAGAAGAAGUUGAUGGGGCAGAAAAGAAGCUGCAGCCACCACCACCUGCUAUUGCUGCCCCACCGCCUGGCUUCAGGGACAACAGUUCUGAUGAGGAUGACCCAAAGAGAGGGAGGAAGGCUAGAACCAGUGCCAGUAUUGGGGUUGCCUCUGGGAAGCUGGCUCAAGCAAAGGAAGAUGUGCCUGUGACAAUGAUUGAUAAUGUGUCCACAAGAACUGUCAGAGAUCAUGCCCAGGAGUUGGACGAUGCUCUGGUGUCCACCUUACAAGCGCUUGAGGCUUUGGCAGCCUCUGAAGACUACCCACAUCAUCCCCAGCAACCAACACAGACAGCAGGGCUGAUUGUCUUAGCUGCCAUUACACCAGAGUCAUCAUUGGAUUCAGGUCAUGAGACCAAUUCCUCUGAAUUGACAGAUGUCUCUGAGAUGGUGUCAGCAAUGAAGCAAAACCAAAACCAGGCCUACCUGCUGGCUCACCAUAUCAACAAGGAGCGUAUUCUCUGCCGCCGUGACUUUCCUCUGGCUAUCCCUGGCUGCACUGCAAAGACCAUAGGGACUGGGGCUUUUUCUGUAGGUCAGAUACGUGCCGGCUGUCCACCCAAGCAAGUAAUCCUUAGCAAGACUGUUCCCUUUAAAGUCACCCCCAGCCAAGAUUCAGCAAUACUCAGUGUUGUGACAGAGCAGGGGAGCAACCAAGAUACUACUCUGACUGAACACAAAGCAGAACUAAAAGCAAUCUCUGAGUCCACCAAAGCAAACACCUCUGAUCCCCCAUCCAAACCACCUGAAGAACUUCAAGUGUCUGAUUUUUUGCCAACAGCUCAAGUCAAUUCAGAGUUGUCAAAUUCUUCUGGGGAAACAGUGAGCCAAAAUCUUACUGAUGGUAUCAAGGAGAAGACAGCAGCAACUCCCAAUACAGACCCAAUAAACAAAGCCUUACCUAUCAUCUUGCCUGUGGACAGAACUGCCUCUGCCAAGAUUUCUCCCACUAUCAUGUGCCAUGAUGCCAAGCCUGCCUCUAGCGAGACCAUGAAGCCUUCAAGCUCCACAGAAUUUCUGCCAGUUGACGGCCUUUUCUGCACAUGCCCAAUGAAACAGGAGCCUGCACCUCAACUAAGGCUGAAGGACCCACAGGUUCAGAAGAUAGUAGUGUUUCAAUCCUCCUCUCCCACAGAUGAUGAGCGUCUUCGAGCCAAAGGCCUCCAAUUGGCCAACAGCAAAGAAAACACAGUGAGAGUUGGAGCAGAUCCUAGCUUGACUAAACCAAGCCCACAAAUACAAACCAAGUUCUCCCCUCAUUUACCUGUAAAAGCAGAAAGAAAGGAAACAGCUGAAAGUAAGACUGAGGGUGUCCAAAGCAAAUCUCAUCACGAGUCGCAGAAAUGUCACAUAAAAUCCUUACCUAUCUUAGAUGACCUAACAACCACAAGCCCUUCUGCAGAUAAAGUCUCCACCCUUCCAGCUAGAGACUCAAAGAAGCACAGCACUGGUAAGGGGAAGUCCCAACGUAGUGCCCCUUUCUUGAGCUUUAGAAACCUUCUUUCAGCUACAUUUCCAGCAAGGAUGCGAAGAGAGACAGAUGAACGUAGGGCUCAGCUGCAGAAAGUUCGCCAGUAUGAACUAGAGUUUUUAGAGGAGUUGCUGAAACCCAAAUCAUCACAGGGAGAAUUUUUGCCUCAAGGAUCCUCACCUGUGCCCACUGGCACGCCUUGUGCCUGCCAGCUCCGCACCAGUCCUGUCCUUAAGGCCCCAGGGAUCUCCAGGGAGCAGCGACGCAGUUGUGACUGUAAGCGAAUGUGUAGGGGCAUGCGACUACCUGACACCCCAGUUGGCACCACAACAGAGACACAAAACAGAGGCAGAGAGAGAACCAUCUCAAAAACCCCUCCAACAGUCUCCAAAGUCCCUCAUCCCCAAGGUGCCACAAGGAGACCUCAGACCUUAGAGAUCAAAACCACACGAAUACGAUCUACCAGCCUUGAGUCAAGAGAGCCAAGAGGAGACAAGGGAUCAUGCUUGCCCACCUGUACUUCUCAAACUGAUUGCAUGGGAGCUCCACAAUAUAAAAAGCUCCAAAGACGAUACAGCAUUGGAGAGCUGGAUAACAGCACUAGCACACCUGUGUAUGCUGAAGUGAAGCCCAAAACCAAAAGUCUGGAGAAGGAGAUGGAGAGAGUGAGGGCCACAGGGCUGAGGCUCCCAACCCCAGUAGAGCCAGUCCACACUCAGACUCACCAAGCAGAGGGGAAAGGAAAAAAGGGUGUGUUUUUCAUUCAAGGAGAGGAAUUACAGCGUGAAAGCAAAGAAGGGACUGGGGAAGUGUUGCUUUCCCUGCCCAGUGAAGACAGUGAUGACAAAGACAAAUGCUGCUCAUUUUGUUUCUGUUACAGGAAGUGUGAGGCUGCAGAUGAAAGCAGUGAGAAAGAUGAACUCUCAUACUCCAUACCUCUUCAGGUCCUCCCUGGCAUGGAGGUGGACUCACGCACUUUUCCUGUUGUAAGUAAAACACUACAGGUUCUUAAUGCAGAGGACUGCAGUGGGGAAGAAGAAGAGGAGGAGGAGGAGGAGGAACCUCAGACACAAGACAUUGACCUGAGAGCCUGUGGUACACUGGAAGGGAGCCUUGCACGGGUACAGGCUCUACAGGGGAAAACUUUCAGCUUACCUGAUGGUUUCCUAAAUGCUCAGCUGGAUGCUAAUGAGUUGCUAGCAAUCCUGCGACAAUGUGCUAACAGCCCCCAAGCUGAGGGUGAAGCUCGUCUUCAGCCCUCACGGAUUACAGAGUAUAAACAGGAACUGGCAGUCCGCUUCAAAGAAUUCAGAGCAUCAUGUCGAAGAGUGGCAAGUGUUGAAAAAAGCCCAACGCGUAUGCUUGCUGUUGUCUCAGCCAGCUUUCAGGUGUUGUGUGAACUAACUCAGACCUUCAUCAAAUUGGUCCGAGGAGUUCGUUCAGAAACCCAAAGGCUGCAGCUGUUGAGAAAAGUUGAGGAAGUAGCUAUCAACUACACUUUGCUUCUGCGUGCAGCAGAGGAGUCCAUGGGGCACUCGAGCAGCUUGCCAACAAAGACAGUGAGCCCUCAAGUUUCCUCCAACACCAACAACAUGAGCUCACUCACGCGUCCCAUUAAAACUCUUCCUGCUCAGUAAUACAGGAAUGUAAUCUGAACGGUCCAGACUGUGGGUGAAUACUCUACUCUACUAAAUUCAUUAUUUAUUUAUUGUUUACAAUUUUUACAAAAUGUGCAAUGAAUCAUCCUCAGUAAAAAUUGCAAUGCAACUGUUCCAUCCCAUGUUUACAAGCCCUGAGGUAGCCUGGUUUUGAAAAAUCAAGAUACACCAAACAAAUGCACAAUGGAAUAAGAACCCUAUAACAGACUGGGUGAUACAGGGCUAAUCACCUCACAUUAAUAUUCCCAAUAUACAUGAGUUAUUAUAAUAUAAUAUUUUAUAUGUAAUGUAUAUUUGAGUUGUGUCUACUUAGCAAAUAAUAUGAAGUUUUGUGAAGACAAGAGGUGAAGAAUAUAUUUGAAAUGUAUUGAAUUAAGAGAACUAUAAAAAUCAUAAUACAUCACAAAUAAAUGUUUGAUUUGGACAAAUUAUUUCAUAAAUUUUGUCAAGUAGCGAUUCCUGUAAUCUGCAUAGUCCAAAGGGUCAAGUGGUUAGAUGGUGAUGUGUUUGUUUGUGGAAUUUGCUAACUGUUGUAACGCAAAACUGACCUCUGUUGGCUGUGUUGGCAAUGUCUGACAUACAUGAGUCAAAAUGUAAGUAACAGAGUUGGGAAAUGAAAAGCACUGGAAAAUCAAGUAUGAUAAACUUAGUUAUACUGACUGCUAGGCCCCAUUCUCUCAUUAAAACAGUGCAAGUAUGAAAACCGCCUGCUCAGGGCAGACAAUGUAGCAGAGACCCAAGUCACAGUCCUAUCCACUGUACAGCCAUGAGUGUUUUUACCUCACUCAGCUGUAGAAAAGACAUACCAACAAUAUAAUCAAUAACACAAAGUGUGUAUUCAACACUGUCACUAACUCAUGACUCACUCACAUCUCACUGGCUGUGAAUCUUAGUCUUAAAUAAAGACAUCCAUAAGCAAAUGAGUAAGCUUGUCACUAGGAUUUUGCACAACCUCUGACAUUAGUUCUGAAGUUUAAAUGGAUCCUUUAAUGUUUGAUUAAUUGUUUCUGAUCAAUUGCUCUGCUGAAAACAUCACCAGUCUGUUAUAUUUUAUCUCCACAUAGCAAACAUUAACCAAUUUCAGAAACUUUUGUUUUUAUUCAGGUUUUCAACAAGGCAUAAAACAUUGCUUUCUAUGUGUUACGCAAUGUGCAGUCUAGAAAAUAUUUAAACACACAAAGUAGUUUUCUAUGUAUUUUAAUAAAACUAACACAUCAUUUCCCGUCUGAAAUCUUCUUUGUGUCUCACCCUCUUGUUGUUCCUGGAAAUUAAUCAGAGGUUUUAUAUCAGUUCUGGCCUAUAAUGUAUAGUGGAUAUACUAUUAUAAGAAAGUGCUGUGAAACCAAAUAAACAGUGAUUACUUGCUGCACUAAUACUCAUCUAAUUUAUGUUUUUACAAAAACCUGUUUGUUGUGUCCUUUGGCAAAGAAUGGCACUGUACUGAAAUUCAACCACGUUAAACUCCUCCCCUACUAAAGCUCUGUAUCCAACUUGUGAUAAAAACAUUCCUAAGAUACUGAAGGGUGAGUGCUGCAGUCAAAUAAAUGACAAAUAUUCAGUACUUGACCUAAAACACCCCCCUCACAUUGUGAUAAAUCAUCACUAAAUCUAGCAAACCUGUAACACUGGAGAGUUAUACCUUUAAUAUAUCAGCUUUGUUGCACUUUUGUCUUGGUUUCACUUCACUUUUGCAGUAUUUAUGAGCACUGUCUUUCAGCUGUGUUUCCCCUGCCACUGACAAGGCAUCUCCAUAACCAUUAUGCAGUGUUUUCUCCUCCACUGUACAACAUGUUUCCCUGCAGCUUUCAGGGACAGAUACACUUGCAUUGAAGCUAAUGAUAGUGUACAGACAAUGACAGAGGGUCAAAGAGGCAAAGGGUGUGGUUGCAAUUUAUUAAUGUUUUGCUAAUGGUAUUCAGAAUGGAAAUGUAUAAUUUUACACUGCAGAUGUAAAUAAUAUUAUAAUGGAACAUUUGAGAGAAUAAGAAACACUUUUAAACUUGUACCAUUAAGAUGAAUCCAGACCCUUCACUAUUUUGUAAAUAGGAGUAAAACAUGUCUGUGAGGUAAUUAUUUAUAGUAGUAAUGUAACAUAGAAACUAAUAGUAAAAACAUAUAUUUUGAAGAAUAUUAUAUGAGUAAAGCAUGGGACAUGUUUAUUUUUAUAAACAGAACUAUCAGACAAUAUUCUCUCUUCAGCACUUGAACAUUUCAAUAAACAUUUUCUGUGGUUGUCGUCUUUCCUGCUGCUUCGUUAAGCUGCGUAGAUCAGUCUGUGUUUCAUUCACACAAUGAGCCCACCAUAACUUUAUCCAUUGUUUCUUUCUGUGCACUUAUUCAUUCCUGUCUUUAUUUAUUGUCAAUGAUCUUGUCGUCACUGUGGUCUUCUGUCUGUGUGCAAAGUUAUCUCAUGUUUUAAGAGCAAUAAAGUAUGUUAUAUAAA